ACAAACACACACAGACGCACUUUCUUCUGAUCGAUUAAAAUUAAAAAAUAUAUAUAUUUAAAUAUUCACAAAGAUUACCUCUGUUCUUCCUUAUAAUUUUCUUACAGGCUAUGCGGUAAAAGAAAAAAGUAAAACAAAAAUGGGAAGACCACCGAGUAAUGGAGGCCCUACUUUUCGAUUUAAUCAAGCUGAGAUUGCGGAGAUGGAAUCCAUCUUGCAAGCACACAAAGUGCAGCUGCCUGAGCGCCAAGUUCUUGUUUCUCUAGCUGAAAAGUUCAGUAAUUCUGAAGAUCGCAAGGGAAAGAUUGAAGUUCAGAUGAAACAGGUGUGGAAUUGGUUUCAAAAUAGACGAUAUGCUAUCAGGGCCAAACAGGCCAAAUCACCGGGGAGUCAAAAUAUGCCACAAGCUGAUUCAGGUUUGGUAAAAGCUGUACCUAUGGCCACACAACCACAUGCUCCUUUGGCUACUCAACCACAUGCUCCUUUGGCUACUCAACCACAUGCUCCUCUGGCUACUCAACCACAUACUCCCCUGGCUACACAACCACGUGCUCCUCUGGUUACACAACCACAUGUUCCUCUGGCUACACAACCACAUGCUCCUCUGGCUACACAGCCACAUGCUGCUUCUUCAGCCACUGUUAGAAAUAUUCCCCAAGCACCACAGCAACCGACUGUUCCUUCAGCGCCCGUUAGAACCUUUCCACAACCGCCCCAGCACCUCCCUGCUUUUUCAGGAAGGGUCACCGAUAAUUCCCAGAUGGAGUAUGAAGCUAAAUCUGCCAGGGAUGGUGCAUGGUAUGAUGUUUCAACCUUUCUAUCACAUAGGUCUCUUGAGGGUGAUCCGGAAGUACUGGUUCGGUUUGCUGGUUUUGGAGCCGAAGAGGAUGAAUGGGUGAACGUGCGCAAGAAUGUGAGACAAAGGUCUCUUCCAUGUGAGGCAUCUGAAUGCGUAGCUGUUCUCCCUUCCGAUCUUAUACUCUGUUUUCAGGAAGGUAAGGAGCAGGCUCUUUACUUUGAUGCCCAUGUCUUAGACGCACAACGGAGGCGGCAUGAUGUACGUGGUUGUCGUUGUAGAUUUUUGGUGCGUUAUGAUCAUGAUCAGUCUGAGGAAAUCGUGGCGUUACGCAAGAUUUGUCGCCGACCUGAAACUGAUUAUAGGCUCCAGCAACUUCAGGCUAUGAAUGGGUCUCUUUCCGUUAAGCAGAAUAAAAAUGGUGCUACUAAUAAUGUUCAUACGGUAAGCACUUUGAGAGUCUAUCCUCCAGCCGAAGCACAACCAAAGCAACAUAAAGUGGAACCACAUUCGCCUGCUGAAGCACCACAAAAGCGCCAAAGACUAGAUUCACCGGUUCCUGUACCUCCACCAGGAGGAUCACAAACGCAUUUAAAAGUAGAGCCAGCUGUGCAGGCUGCUCCUCUGGUCGAUGUACCACAAAAUCAGCAAACUGCACGACCUGCAGUGCCUUCUUCUAAUCUUGAGAUGCCACAGUAUCAGCAUAUAGUAGAAUCUGUACCUCCUGCCCCAUCAGCCCAACAAACAGUUGAGCCGCAAAAAGCGGAACCCGUGGUGCCUUCUCCAUCUGACCGAGCAUCACUUAAGCCGAAAAAAGUGGAACCUGUUUCAUCAGCCCAAGGAUCAGCAGAGUCUCAAAGUGUUGCACCCAUGGGAUCCACCCCUGCUGAUGAAGCACCAGUUGAGCUGCAGAAAGUACAACCUGUGAUGCCGAAUUCUUCGGGUGAAGUAUCAGUAGAAGAGCCACAUAAGGUAAAAGCGGUCCUACUUUCUUCCGACGAAGUAAAAGAGGAAACACAAAUAGUGAAAACAAGUGUGGUGGUUCCGUUGACUGAAGCAUCAGAAGAACGGUAUAAAGCUGAACCUGCUGCUUCAGGUGAAACAUCCAAAGAGCCACAAUCAAUGUCAUCCACUGUUCCUCCAUCAACUGAAAUAUCAUCCGCAGCAGUUCCUUCAGCAGAAGCACAAGUGAAACCAUGUGAUGGAGAACCUGUGGUAGCUGAGUCACAGGAAGAAUCUGUGGUGCCUGACUCUGCUGUUGAAGUGCCAUCCGAAUUGCAUGAGGUGCAACCUGAUGUGCCUGAUCAACCUCAUACAAAUGCACUCGAGAGUAAAACUGAGAAAAGUGCGGGACCCAUUGCUACCAAUGACGGUAAUGUGGCUGAGAAAGCAAUAGAGACUAAAACAGAAGAACCCAUGGUGCCUGUUUCUGGUAAUGACCAUAAUGUGGUAGUGGAGUUCGAGACUAAAAUUGAGGAACCUGUGGGGUCUGCUUCUACUAAUGAGCAUUUGGUUGUCAAGGAGGCAAUAGAGACUAAAACUGAGCAAUCCAUGGUGCAUGUUUCUGGUAACGAACCAGUAGAGACUAAACCUGAGGAACCUGUGGUGACUGUUGCUACUAUUGAUCCAAUGGUUGUUGAGGAGGCAAUAAAGACGCAAGCGGGGGAGCCUGUAGUACCUGUUUCUAUGAACGAGCCUAAUGUGGUUGAGGCGGUAAGCGAGACUAAAGUCAAGGAACCUCUUCCUACUAAUGAUCCUAAUGCAAUGGAGGCUGAAAAUAAGCAGCCACAACUUUCAGAGAAAAUGGAGAAUAAUGACGGACAUUUAAAAGUUGCAGUAAAUGUAAGUGACAAUAAGGUAGAAAACUCUGAGCUCCCACCAGAAGAAAAUGCUGCAGUAGCAAUGGAAGAAGGGUAAGUUACAAGAUAGGAGAAAUAUAUAUAUAGAGUAGGAUGAGGUACUUGGCGUUUCUUGUUAUCAAAGUCUUUAGCUUGUUUCCAUGGAUUAGUUGAUUGAUUUUAAGGUCGAUUCUUGAUUGGAGAAUACUAAGGGGUUCGAAUCCUCCCUGUUAUUUUUUCUGUUCAAUAGGACGAUUAUGAAGAGAAGCAUACAUGGAUUGUUUUUGAUUUGAGAUGAUGAUGUUCGUGCUGGUAUGAGACCAUGAAUGCGCUCUCUUUGUACAUUGUUUUGUUUAGCACAAGCUCAUUUUCGCGUAUUAACAAAUAUGUAUUGUAUUCUCAUUAAA